AUGACAACCUCAUUCCGGUCGACGUCACAGGUGAGACGAUGUUGGGGUCCAGGCUCUGCGCCCCAUUUCCUGCAAGGCUAUAACCCAAGCAGUCCAAUCACCAAUAUAAGCGUCGACAUGUCUCUUCUUCGCUCCCUGCUUUAUCUCUCCUCGGUCUCCCUCGCCUCUGCGGGAGUGCUGGGUGUGCAGGAUACCAAUGCACUCUUUGCGAGGCAUGAUGACCAGUGUGCUGUUACGAAGGACAACCAGCCGGAUUGGUAUCUGAGGAAUUUGAAGACAGUCAGAGAUAUCUACGAUUUGACAGUCUACCCCAACCAAGUCCCAAUCAUCUUGGGCGGAGGCAAGGCCGUUCCUCCUGGCCUCUUUGCGCCUGAUGCUAUAGGGCGUGUCAGCCCUGUCGGAGAAUUCGACAACUUCGAAGAUUCGAUCGAAUACUUCUUCGCCCUCGCCCCAACACCCUUCACCAACCCAGCCGGCACCGCCUUCUACGAUGCCCAAGUCGUCAACUUCGUCUCAUCAUGCCCCAGCGUCGCCUCCUCCCUAGUCUACUUCCGUACCGGCACGGUCGACAUGCUCGGCAACCUCAACGAAAGCUUGCCAACCACCACCCUCUCACAAGUCUCCUUCUGGCACUUCAACGACAAGGGCGAAGUCGACAAAUAUCAAUCCUGGAUCCCCAACCUCCAAGCCUGGACAAAAGCCAGCAGCGGUAUCGACUACACCAACAAGCAAGUCCAGGAUGCCGUUGCUGGAGGUCUCUGCCCAGUCAUUCAGCAGCGCUGCCAGGGCAAGGACCUACAGUUCAAAGAUGAACAAGACUGCACGAAGCAGCUUGGAGCUAAGCCUUUCGGUAACUUCGACGAGGCUUGGGGUGACAACCUCGCCUGCCGCACUAUUCACGUCAUCUUGACCAUGGUCCGUCCAGACAUUCACUGUGCUCACGUCGGCCCCACUGGUGGCGGCAAGUGCAUCGACAUCGACUACUCGGUGGACUACUUCGACGAUGCGGACCUUUUCAAGGAGGGCGAGGGCACGACUUUUACUUGCGGGCCGGACCUACAGCCAGAUGACCACGUCGGCGCCGGACCUGGAGCUGCGAAGAUCUUUGCAGAUCUCGCGAAGCAAGUCGCGGAGGGAAAGCUCCAGAUCCCGACAAUAGGUGGCAUGAGCGGUGCUGUACAAAUGCCAGGCAUGCCAGGAGCCACAAGAGGUCAGACGCCACCAAAGGGCCAGGGCCAAGGUCGGUAA